AUGGCUCCACACAACACAGUCCAGGAUUCGGUGCAGAAUGCUUCGAUAUCCGACCCGGAACAGUUCUGGGACAAGCAUGCAAAGGAUCUAUACUGGCAUAAACCAUACAGUGCGGUCCUGCGCAAACAGCCCAAGAAACUGAAGGACGGAACCACACACCCACACUGGUCAUGGUUCCCCGACGGCGAGAUCAGCACCACCUACAAUUGCAUAGACCGCCAUGUCAAGGCCGGCAAUGGAGACAAGAUUGCCAUGAUCUGGGACAGUCCCGUGAGUGGGUCGAAAGAGAAGUAUACCUACAGUCAGAUGCUGGACGAGGUGGAGGUUCUGGCCGGUGUCCUCAGAGAAGACGGUGUCAAGAAGGGAGAUGUGGUGCUGGUCUACAUGCCGAUGAUACCCGCCGCCAUCUUUGGCAUGCUCGCCGCCGUCCGCCUGGGUGCCAUGCAUGCAGUAGUCUUUGGAGGAUUUGCCGCUGCGAGUCUGGCUCAGAGGAUAGAGGCGGCGAAGCCCAAGGUCAUUUUGACGGCCAGCUGUGCCAUUGAGGGCGCCAAGGGCCCUCUAGCGUACAGGCCGUUUGUCGAGGAGGCGAUUCAGCAAAGCAGCUGGAAGCCCAGCAAGACCAUCAUCUGGCAGCGUGAAAUCAGGAGAUGGGAUCCUGUGAAGAAGGAUGCAGGGCAGAGGAACUGGCAGCGUCUCGUCAAGAGUGCCCGGAACAGAGGUGUCCGAGCGGAGGCCGUCCCGGUUAAGAGUACCGACGGUCUGUACAUUAUCUAUACCAGCGGCACGACCGGUCUGCCCAAGGGCGUUCUCCGCGAAGCUGGCGGUCAUGCGGUCGGCCUCAAUUUCAGCAUCAAGUAUCUCUUCGACGUCAAGGGACCCGGCGACAUCAUCUUCACCGGAAGCGAUAUCGGGUGGGUGGUCGGACACUCAUACAUCGUCUAUGCACCGCUCCUGGCCGGGGCGACCACCGUCCUCUACGAAGGCAAACCGAUCGGGACACCUGACGCGGGGGCAUUUUGGCGGAUGGUUGACGAACACAAGGUGACGACACUAUUCACGGCGCCUACCGCACUCAGGGCCAUUCGGAAAGAAGACCCCGAAGACAAAUUAUUUAAAGAAUACGGCGAGAAGGGCCGCCUCAGACAUUGGCGUGCCCUGUUCCUUGCAGGAGAGAGGUCGGAACCUUCCAUCAUUACACAUUACCAAGAGCUGCUGAGCAAAUACGCCGCUCCGGAUGCGAGGGUCAUUGACCAUUGGUGGUCCAGUGAGAGUGGGAGUCCCAUGACCGGCUUGGCCUUGCGUCCGGCCAUUGGGCAUGACCCCAACAGCCGCGAAGAGCACAAGGCAUUGGCGAUCAAACCUGGCAGUGCUGGGAAGCCGAUGCCCGGAUUCGACGUGCGCAUUGUGGACGACGAGGGAAAUGAAGUCGAGCAAGGCAAGAUGGGAAAUAUUGUACUCGCCAUGCCCUUGGCUCCCACCGGAUUUACUACCCUCUUCAACGAUGAUGACAGAUUUUAUAAAGGCUACUUGAGACGAUUCAACGGGAAAUGGUUGGAUACCGGGGACGCUGGCAUGAUUGAUCAGGAUGGAUAUUUGCACGUCAUGUCGAGAAGCGACGAUAUCAUCAAUGUGGCUGCACAUCGGUUCAGCACUGGCGCUAUCGAACAGGCCAUUACAUCCCACCCCUCCGUCGCCGAAGCCUGCGUGGUCGGUGUUCCCGACCCCAUGAAAGGACAUUUGCCGUUUGCCUUUGUCAUCCCUUCUUCCGCCACGCCCUCCGACCUGCCCGCUACACCCUCGAAAGAAUUCUUCACCGGCAUCAACAAUCUGGUACGAAAUCAGAUUGGUGCCAUCGCCUCGCUGGGUGGCAUCAUCCAAGGUAAAGGCAUGAUUCCCAAGACCAGGAGCGGAAAGACCCUGCGGCGAGUAUUGAGAGAGUUGGUGGAGAACGCCGCCGAGGGACAAUAUGAUAAGGAGGUCAAUGUUCCUGCGACGGUGGAGGACAAGGAGGUCGUCGAAGUGGCAAGGCAGAAGGUCAAAGAGUGGUUUGAGGAGAGGAAGAAACAGCAGGAGACAACCAAAGCCAAAUUAUAG